UCCGCCGCCAUUAUUGGUCUGGUCUUGUCGAGCGUUUCCCUCGUCGCCAGACUCUGGGCCCGCUAUCUCAUCGUCAAGAAACUCCGGCUCGAAGAUUGGUUCAUGAUGGCGGGGCUGCUUCUCAGCUACGCCACUGUCGGGCUCAUGUUCUGGGGACUGACGACGGGCCUCGGCGAGGUGUUUACGUCACUUUCCAAUGACAAACAGCGGACAUUUCUUCUGAAAAUCCAACCACCGACCAUGUUCCUCAUCAAGACGUCCAUCAUCUUGUUCAACGCACGCAUUUUCGUGACGCGCAAGUUCCGCAUCGUGUCGUGGGUGGUCUGGACAACGACGCUCCUAUGGAUGAUUGGCACGGUAGUCGGGACGACGCUGCAGUGCAGCCCGCCCUCGUUCUUCUGGGAUAAGCGUCAGGCUGGAUCGUGCGCUAAACACACGGUUGUCACCAUUGGCUUGACAAGUGCCGUCGUGUCUUGCGUCGGCGAUAUUGCCAUCUUCGUUAUGCCGAUCCCGAUCCUGGCCAGACUUAAGAUCGACAGGCGAACCCGGGCUGGCCUGAUCUGCUUGUUCGCGCUUGGCUUUUUUGUAGUCCUGACGAGUUUCGUUCGGUGGAUCACCUUGGUUGGGGUGCCCGAGGACGGAUAUACUUCCGGCUCGGUACAGAUUGCCGUGUGGACCUACUUCGAGAUGUCCAUCGGCAUCACCUGCGGUAACCUGCCAUUUCUGGCACCCCUUAUGGGC